AUGCCAUCAAAUGGUGAUUUUGUUUUGGCAAGUUCUUUACUUAAAAGGAGAAGCUCAAUAAUAUUAUUUGCAAGUGAUAUCGAUAAGCUUAAAGUAUCAUCAAAUGACAACUUUAAACUGCCAGAAGCAACCACUGACUAUGAUGAACCACCAGAAGGCAAUACUAAUAACCUGCCAGGAGCAAACACUAAUGACCUGCCAGAAGCAAUCACUAAUGACCUGCCAGGAGCAACCACUAAUAACCCACCAGGAGCAACUAUCACCAAUAAGCUGCUGCAGUCACAAACACAAAAUGUGUUGGGUGAAAUUGAGCUGCAAAACAUUCAUCAGAAAAAUGCACAAAAUAAAGAAAAUUAA